UAUAUAUACAUAUAUAUAUAUAUUAUAUAUUAUAUAUGCAGCUAGGUAGCUAGCACACCCACAGCCCCUCCAAUCCUGAAGAAAGAACUCAACGAAGAAGAAGAAGAAGCAUGGAGGAGCACUGGUCCUGGGCAGUGGCCGCGGCGGCGGCGGCGGCGGUGUGGUGGUACACCGCCGUGAGGGUGUGGUGGGCGCCGAGAAGGAUCCGCAACCACUAUUUAAAGCAAGGGAUUCGAGGCCCCAAGUAUCGACUCUUUUUGGGGAAUUUGAGAGACCUCGCUGCCCUAACCAAUUCCAACAACAAUAAUAAUAAUAAUACUAAUAAUUUCUCCCAUAAUAUCCUCCCCAGAGUCCUCUUCUUCUACCACCAUUGGAAGAAGCUCUACGGUAGUGGUGCAGGUUCGAUGGUGGUGAUAUGGUUCGGAGCGACGGCGAGGGUGACGGUGAGCGAUCCGGCGAUGAUUGUGGAGAUAUUGGGGGGGAAGUCGUCGGAGGUGUUCGAGAAAUGUGAGUCGCCGCCAUUGGUAAGGGAGAUUGAAGGAGAUGGUCUGCUCAAUCUCCCCGCUGCUCAUAAAUGGGCUCUUCAUAGAAGGAUCAUUCAGCCUAUUUUUCACCUAGAAAAUCUCAAGUUGAUGACUCCAAUGAUGGCAAAAAGCAUGGAAGAAGCUGUAAUGAAAUGGAGCCAAGGAAUGUCGAAUUCCGCCGCCACCUCCGGCGGCGGCGGCGGCGGCGGAAAGGUUGAAAUUGAAGUCUCCGAGUGGUUCCAACACUUGUCCGAAGACGCCAUCAUCCGAGCCGUUUUCGGAAGCCGCAGCUACGAAGCCGGCCGAGCCAUUUUUAAGCUGCAGUCUCAGCAGAUGGCGCAAGCCGCCGAAGCUUACCAGACUAUCUUCAUCCCCGGCUACAGAUUCUUACCGACGAAGAAGAACAGAAUUUCGUGGAAAUUAGAGAAACAGGUUCGAAAGUCAUUGCUGGAGGUGAUCGAUCAACGGAUGAGAAGUCAGGAGCCGUCCGAUCCGUCGUCUCCUUCAGAUUUGUUGGAAGUGAUGAUCAAGGCGAGUCUUCAAUACACUUCCGGCGCCGGCGAAUCGUGGCCGUCGAUCACUAUAACAGCAAACGACGUCGUAGAGGAGUGCAAGACGUUAUUGUUCGCCGGGAAGCAAACGACCUCGAACAUGCUGACGUGGACGACGGUGCUGCUCGCCAUGCAUCCCACGUGGCAAGAGCAGGCACGUGAGGAGGUCCUCCGAGUGUGCGGCGCACGUGACACCCCUACCAAAGAUGAUCUCGCCAAGCUCAAAACGUUGGAAAUGAUUCUGAAGGAGUCACUGCGAUUAUAUCCGCCGGCUGUGGCGUUGAUCCGACGGGCGAGAGAGAAUGUGAAGGUGGGUGGGGUCCACAUUCUGGGUGGGACCGAGGUGCUAAUUCCAAUCCUGGCCGUCCAUCACGAUCCGGGUCUAUGGUGCCACGACGCACACGAAUUUAACCCGGCUAGAUUUGCCAAAGGCGUGGCGCGCGCCGCCAGCCACCCUAUGGCUUUCAUGCCGUUCGGGAUCGGCUCGCGCCGCUGCGUCGGACAAAAUCUGGCCGUUCUUCAAGCCAAACUAGCGGUGGCGAUGAUCCUCCAGCGGUUCUCUUUUGAGCUCGCGCCGACUUACAAGCACGCGCCGGCCCUGCAGUUGAUGUUGCACCCGCAAUACGGCGCGCCGGUUGUGUUUAGGAAACUGUAGUAUUGUUUGUAAAGGAAUUUGAAUAUAUAUAUAUAUGUUUGUCUGUAUAUUUCUUUUUUAUUUUAUUUUAUUUUAUUUGUGUGUGUCUAUUUAUUCAUUUAAAGGUUUUAGGAUUUUGGC